CAUCGAGUCAAUGAUGCCAUAAAACGCUUCAUCACUUCGAUAGCAAUUUUUUAUAUAUAAUAGAUAUAUGAAAGCAAAACCGACAGUGUCGAAUUGAUUUCAUCACAUUUAAGAUGAAUUUUAUUACUUUUGUGCUUACCGUAUUGUUAUUUGCAUGUGUUGCAAGAGCAGAAGAUUGUGCUUCAAAAUUCAAUGUAACGGCCGAAGAUUGGAAGGAAUUAAAGAAAGAUACUGCCCAUCCAUCCGAGAAGAUACUGUGUAUGUUGAAAUGCGAAUAUGAGAACGAUGGUGCAUUGAAUCCUGACAAAACUAUCAAUGCUGAAAAACUGGUGAAAAAAAUCACAUCAUGGAAACAUCUGGACGAACCAAUAAAAGCUGAACUCAAAGAAUGUGUGCAGAAGGUUAAAGUUCCUCUCAACACUUGUGCCAACAUGAAACCAUACUUCGAUUGUGUUCGAACAGCUGAAAAUGAACAGGAUAACAAGAAUGGGGAAGAUUGUGCUGCAAAAUUCAAUGUCACGGCAGAUGAUUGGACGGAACUCAAGAAAGAUACUGCCCAUCCUUCCGAGAAGAUACUGUGUAUGUUGAAAUGCGAAUACGAGAACGAUGGUGCAUUAAAUCCUGACAAGACUAUCAAUGCUGAAAAACUGGUGAAAAAAAUCACAGCCUGGAAACAUUUGGACGAGCCAAUAAAAGCUGAACUCAAAGAAUGUGUGCAGAAGGUCAAAGUUCCUCUAAACACUUGUGCCAACAUGAAACCAUACUUUGAUUGUGUUCGAACUGCUGAAAAUGAACAGGAUAACAAAGUAUCUAAGGCAUAAACUUCCAACACUGUGUUUCGCCAUUGACUGCAUUUCACAAGUUUUAGAAGCAGAACUAAUUGAUGAUGAAAACAAAAUUGUACAACAGCUUGUAAUAAAAAAUAUUGCAUA